GAGAAUACCAAUGCCGUAUUCGGUCAGAUUCAAUGAUAUGUUUUAUGGUAAAGUCAACCUCCUCCUUCGUGCUUUGAUAUUAUCCCGAAGCUGGAUGACAAGGUCGUUUAUUCCGCCUUUCUUGCCACAUGCAUUUGGAAUUAGUUCCUCAACACAAAAUAAAAACCCAAUUUCCGUUCUCGGGAUUGAAACGACUAACAAUGAUUGAAAUAUCAUCAGGAUCACCCCUCCUGUUUAUUGCAGAACCGACUGCCUGCGCCUUCAUCCUUGGUGUAAGUCCA